AGGACGCAGCUAUAUAUAUACCACUUUCUUUUAUUUGUUCUCGGAACAACCCGUUCGCCGAUCUCGCGCCGAGGGUCGCAAGAGCACGAUCAGGCGCGGAGCAGCAGCACAAGAAGCGGCGCGCGGCUGCUGUUUGCUAGUUGCGGGGAACCAAACGCACGACGGCACGAGCCUACCGAGGCGAGUGGUUGCGGGUUGUCAGGAAAGUCGCCCGGGCGGUGCGGCGGCGGCGGCGGCGGGCGGCAGCUGGGCGCGGGGGCGAUGGGGGGCUACGAGCUCGUCCAAAGCGACGACGCGCCCGCCCUCGCGGUGGAUCUGGAGGCUGGCGGGCCGUGCGGCUACCCCAAGGGCCGCGGGUCCAAGGACGCCGGCGGCGCCGGCGCAGGUUCCUCUCCGUCGUCGGCGUUGGGGCCACCACGGCAGCGGCUCGUCUCGCUAGACGUAUUCCGAGGGAUCACCGUGCUGCUUAUGAUCAUCGUGGAUGACGCUGGAGCAUUCCUUCCGGCAAUGAACCACUCCCCAUGGGACGGCGUAACUGUGGCUGAUUUUGUCAUGCCUUUUUUCCUUUUCAUCGUUGGAGUCGCCCUAGCGCUCGCGUACAAGAGAGUGCCGGACAAAUUGGACGCAACAAAAAAGGCAGUACUCCGUGCACUGAAGCUGUUCUGCCUCGGUCUUGUUCUACAAGGUGGAUUCUUUCAUGGUGUCCGUAGUCUGACUUUUGGGGUUGAUCUUCAACAAAUACGGUUGAUGGGUAUACUACAGAGAAUAGCAAUAGCUUAUCUAUUGACCGCCCUAUGUGAAAUUUGGCUCAAAGGGGACGAAGAUGUGGAUUAUGGAUUUGAUUUGCUGAAGAGAUACCGCUAUCAACUGUUUGUAGGCUCGGUCGUGGCAAUCACAUACAUGGCCCUGUUGUAUGGCACCUAUGUUCCUGACUGGGAGUAUCAGACAUCAGGUCCUGGUUCCACAGCGAAGUCCUUCUUUGUGAAAUGCGGAGUAAGAGGUGACACCAAUCCGGGUUGCAAUGCGGUUGGCAUGAUCGACCGUAAAAUCUUAGGCAUCCAGCAUCUCUACGGUCGACCGGUUUACGCACGAUCCGAGCAAUGCAGCAUCAAUUCACCACAAAAUGGGCCCCUUCCGCCUGAUGCUCCCUCUUGGUGCCAGGCCCCUUUUGAUCCUGAAGGGCUUCUCAGUUCUGUGAUGGCCAUUGUCACAUGCUUGAUUGGGCUCCAAUACGGACACAUCAUUGUACAUUUUCAGAAACACAAGGAAAGAAUCAUGAAUUGGUUAAUCCCUUCCUUCAGCAUGCUGGUCCUAGCGUUCGCAAUGGACUUCUUUGGAAUGCAUAUGAACAAGCCAUUGUACACCGUAAGCUACACCUUGGCCACCGCCGGCGCCGCUGGGCUCCUCUUCGCCGGGAUCUACACGCUGGUCGACCUCUACGGCUACCGGCGGCCGACCGUCGUCAUGGAGUGGAUGGGGCUGCACGCGCUGAUGAUCUUCAUCCUCAUCGCGUGCAACAUCGUGCCCAUCUUCAUCCAUGGCUUCUACUGGAGGGAGCCCAAGAACAACUUUUUGAAGUUCAUCGGAGUUGGGGCAUGAGGCCAUGAACCUUAGUCAAUUUGGCACGUUACACGGAUACAUAUAUUAUUUAGGAGUCUACUUGGACAAAGUAUAAAUAGAGAGAAGCAAUGAAUCAGGCCUACUUUUGCUAUACGGCCAGUGCAUCAUUGUUGAUGCGCAGAGUGCUUUCUCUGUGAGCUAUUGUAUAUGGUAAAGAAGCCUUUGUGUAUAUGAUAACGACACGAUUUGAAAGGAAAUAUAGUACAGAAAUUUUUCACAAAUGACGGUGGGAACUUUCGCGACACGGAAGCAGCCUAGUUUGGAAUGCAAAUGCAAGCGUGAAACCAGGCUGGGCUUAUUUUAGUGGCCUGCUAGCCCAGCUCAGAAAACUCCGAUAAUAACUGUUCCUACUAGCCCAUCCAAUGUUCUGUUACCGGUGUCACUCUAGAAGAGAUGAGUCCGGAAGACAUCAAACAAGAGGAUGCUCAAGAGGAGCACAACGGGAAUUGGCAUGAACAAGAGAAGCACCAAAGGAGGAGUACAAGGAUAUAUGGGCCGGAGUGGUGUAACUAAGCAGCGACCCAUGUAUCGAUAGUUGACCCGUGUGUGGAUUGCUUGGUGAGAAACCGGUUAAGACCGGAGGACUUGUAAAAGAAACGAUCAGACGAUG